CCUUGCCGUCCUCAUCAUGGCUCCGAACCAGCCGCCGUCCUCCUGGGCAAGGAGCAGACGAGCCAGUGGUCCCUCGAUUUCCAGACCGGCGAAGAACGUCAAGCCGAAACAGAGGCACCGGUAGAUAGGGGCGCACCGGGGGUAAGCCUCCUCUUGGCACCCUGGUCUCCUCGAUGUCUUCGUCAAGAGCCACGUACAGCCAUUUGACAAAGAGGGGUGCGAACCCGGGCGGCGGCGGCGGUAACGGCAGCAGUGGCAGCGGCAGAAACAUGAACAGGGAUUAUUCUAUUAAUCUGUCGGUGCAGCAAGUGCUGAGUCUCUGGGUGCAAGGCACGGUACCGAGGCUCCAACACUUUACAGAGAUGUGGUACUGGGUGUUCCUGUGGUGUCUGUUCUCGUCUCUGUUUGUGCACGGGGCGCUGGGGCUGCUGAUGCUCGUCAUGCUGCAGAGGCACCGGCGCGGACGCCUCAUCACCCUCGUGCUCAUCAGCGUCGGAUUCCUGGCCUCCCUCACGGGGGGCGUCAUCACCAGUGCAGCAGUAGCAGGUGUGUACCGUGGAGCAGGCAAGGACAUGGCACCGCUGGAGGCCCUAGUGUUUGGCGUGGGCCAGACCACCCUCACCGUCCUCAUCUCCUUUUCCCGCAUCCUGGCCACUCUCUAAUUGGACACACAGAGUGACUGACACACCUGUCCACCAAUGGACACAAGGCACAGGCAGGAAGAAGUGGGACUGGGCUUGCGAUAGGUCCAGCAUGAGGAUGCGAAGGAUAGGAGGCUGGAUGUGAGCAUGUCAGCCCCACUGGAUGUGAUGCAACUUCCUCUCUGGACAAAUGUCUGGCGCUAAGGCCAGGGACUUGGAUGAAGGGCACUCUUUGACAAGCGCCGACGCAUCUAUGGGGUGGCCCAUACGAGAUUUCAGGAGGUGGUUCGAUUCCUAUGGACGACGCAGCCGCAUUCAGUGGCCGCCCAGCCGACUGAACUGAUACUUUGCGCAUCUAUGUCUGUGCCAACGGCCUUUGGCAAGUCAAGCCAGCAUUGUAGAGCAGCGUAACAACAGCAUGGCUGUCUCUCCCGAGAAAUCUCCUCAUCGCUUUCUGAUGUUUUUGUUGCACUUGCAGGAUUAAAAAAAAAAAAACAUCUCCCACUUAAAAAAAAAGAAAACAGUGAAAUAAUCAAAGCCGUAAGGUUAAACAAAAAAUAAUUAACUCCAGUUUCUGUCGAGAGCUAAAACAAACAAAUACAAAAGCCACUUACACACUCUCUGGCUGUUCUGGACUGGUGUGGAUAUUCUAACCAUUCCUUCUCGUGUCAUGGCUGAACAGUCAGUCUAACAGUGCUCGUACUGUAUGUGUUUUGUGAAGGACAAAGACGAGAAAUGGCUAAUGCUUUUGCACUUUCUAAAUGUUGGAAUCUGCCACCUCCCCUGACUAAGAGUUGUGUGAAUUCCUCUUGCCAUUGAGGCUGCAUUGAACAGCAAAAAAUGCCUUAGUUAUCAUGAACCCAGAAACAGUGCAGUUCAUCUAUGGCCUGACUUAGUAUUUACAAACAAGCUAUACGCUAUAGCAGGAGAUAAUAGGCCUAAUAAUUAUUAUGCUUUGGAAGUUUCGAAACCUUUGUUGUUCGUGUCUUGGAAGUCACUUCUUGUGUAGUCUGUGUCAUCCAUAGCUAUCAUGCCAUUCUAAACAAGGCAGAAGUGUGUAAACUGUGUUGUGGAGCAAAACUUCAGUUAGUUGUAAACUGUACAGGAGAGGUCUUCAUGUUAACUGAGGCAUUGGUGCCAUGCUUUCAAAGUAGGCCUAGUGUUCGUAAUGGUUGUGGUGCGUGUACAUCUUUUUUAACCUUCUCCUCUCCUCCUCUCUUCCCAUCUCCACCCUCUUUAUCCAGCAUUUUUGAGGCAAUAGAACCCCCCAAAACUACCCUCAAACUACCCCUAACCUGCCCCCACCCUGCUGGGUAAGAUCUCCCUUUUUUACCCUCAAGCCUUACAAAUUGGAACUGAGGUUUUCUUUUGAGUGUGUGAAAAGAGUGACUUGCAGCACUCCUGUUUUAAGUGUCUGCCCCUUCUGCUCCUCAUUUUUAACUCACAGGGACUUCCUGUGUUAGGAGUAACAUUGGGUAUCCAUCGAGUCUUACAUGGCCAUGUUUUUUGUAGUUUAUGAAGUCGUAAUUUUCCAUUUUUCUUAUCAAAGAUGUGCUUAAAUCAUGGCAAGUGAUUUACACCAAUGCUAGAUCUAGCAAGCUCUUCAAAACAUGUGAAAACCUCCACAGAAUAUCUGUUUGGGGCAAAACAGAUUGAACUUUGAGAUAUUACUGAUUACAGAAACCCAUGACUUAUGAAGAGUUUUAGAAAUUUGGAAAAUCCGGGCCUUAACUGAUCAAACGUGUUGCUAUGGAGGUUCUGUGAGGCUUCGUCCCCUGACUCCCUGUAGGCCCAAGGUGCUGUGUCUCGUGGUUGAUGACAAGUACACUGAUGUUGGGCUGCAACAAUUACUCAAUUAAUUGAUUAGUUGACAACUAUUGAAUUGAUCAGUCUCUAUUUUGUAAUCCAUUAAUCAAUUGGAGUACUUUUUAAAGGGAAAAAUCUGUGAACUGGUACUACUCUAUGACAAGUGGAUAUCUGGUGUAGACAAAACAAGUCAUUUGAGACCUUUUUUAGACCCAACAACUAAUCUAUUAAUCGAGAAAAUAAUCAAUAGAUGAAUCAAUUAGGAAAAUAAUUGUAAGUUGCAGCCUUUCGCUGAAGCUCUUGGCCCUCCUGGUCUUCCUUGGUCUCUGGUUGGCCAAUGGCUGUUGGCUUAUUUGCCAUAAACCUCUAGGUUCAGGGGUGAGGGAUGAGCCUGUGUUGUCAUUUCCUUUUCCUCCCAGUGUUUUUUUUUCCAUUAUGAGAAAGGAAAGAUUGUGAAGUUAGUCUCUGUGGGGAACCAUUGGGAAGAUUGACAAUAUUGAAUGUGUUUCUUUUUUUUCUUCUUACUUUGAUUUGAUUUCACUUUAUUGGAAAAAAAGAUAUGUAUUAUUAAGUUAAAGGGAAAUACAUCUUAUUUGAUACUAUACAUAUGGCUUCCCAUACCCAAGCCUCUCAUAUUGCCGUUGACCUCUUUGUGAAAUCAAAUUCAAUUUCUCGGGAACGUGUCCAAGCUCCCCAAGUCUUUUGUUUGUCCAAACAACUCAGACCCGCUUUUAGAGCAUGGGUGAUCUUUCUAAUGGAUUCAAUGCGUUUCAUUAUAGACUAUGAUGAAACUUCUAUAGUGAUUUUAUGGACAAAGGAUGAGGACAUUUCAUUCACAUGGUCUGGCUGAGUUUAUAAGCAAACCACUGGCUGUGUGAAGCUAACUAUGAGGUAGUGUCUGUGUAACAAACUGAUACCAACGCACUACUACAGCAUUGACAAGUGUUUGUGUUCAUUUAUGCCAAAGCAUUCCCAAGCACAUUAGCUUUAGUUGUGUAAUAUUUUUUUAAAGAAAAUAAUUUACAAAUGUUUGAUUUUAAUACAAUGUGAAAAGUAUUAUCUUAAAUGUUUUUUGUCAUUACAUAUCUGCACUCUUCUGAGUCCAAAGGCAACAGAACAAGUUGUUGUGAUAUAUCUGAAUGAUCCUUAAGUAUGAAUACUGCACUUAGCGGUCUUUUAUUUAUUUAUUUUAGUACUUAUGUAACUGUCAUGAUUCACCUUCAGUACUGAUCUUAACCACAAGUGGGCGACAGUGUGAUGUAUUUGGCCCUCAGUACCCAAACUAGAGAGAGUAAAAGAAAGAAGUGAUUGUUCCCUUGUGUAGGCCUACAGCAGAUGUGUACAGCUGUAUCAGUCAUGGAACAUUUAUGUGCUUUUUUUUUACCCAAAUUGUUUUAUGUUUUCAUUCGGAAAGCAAAUUAUUGGCUAUUAAAGUUGUGGCAGAAACUAUGUUAGUGGAAAUUGUAGGGAAAAGAUUACUCAAAGAUGUUACAUCAUCUUAAAAAUGCAUUAAUGGUCAAAAAUGAAAUAAUGUCAGCCGUCUCAGACAUAUAAAGUGCAACGAGGAAGAUAACUAAUUUUUUAGAGUGGAAUGCCACCAGUUUUGUUAUGCGAUCAAUGGGUAGUAUUCGAGCGUACAUGAAUGACCAUAAUAUCCUAAUGAAGUCAGGUUUCUGCUCUGUUUCCAGAGCAGUAGCUUUCGCGUCGUCUGUGUAGUCUUUUCCAUUGCGCUAGUGGCUGUGUGUGUUUUAGCUGAUAAAAGUGACACUGUGUGUUUUCAAUGGUGGCUGAAAAACAACUGUGACAUCUGAGUGUAGUUUUUUUUCUAGGUGUGUGUGUGUGUGCCUGUGUAUGUGUGUGUGUGUGUGUGUCUGUGCAUAGUGGAACAUAUAUUAGUGCUUAAUGCUGUUCUGUACGUCAAGGCAGUUUUACUAGUCUAGCCGCUCGCUGCUAAAAUAGAAGAUGACGUUUUCGCUCCCGACUACUAGUCUACUGCAUUGUCCAGGGAAACCCCAGAAAGUGAGUGGAGGAUGACCUCUGGGAUUGACCUUUGUAGACACAGACAUCAAUGCAAACUUGAGGUCUUGGCACCAGGAAGUGAUUCACUCCCAUUAUGGGAUCAGGCCUGAUGAUCUUGAGUUGUGUUACGUUUGAGGUUUUUUAUUAUUAUUAUUAUUAUUAUUAUAAUUAUUACUAUAAUUAUUUUACUUUUAUUUUCCAUGCCAAGGGCCAUCCUGAAAUGUCUUACUUUAUGUGACAAACCUGAAAACUCCCUUGCAAACGAAAAAAAAAGUCUCUCUAAAGCGAAUGUGAAGGGUUCAUUUUGGUUUUAAUGUUUUUUUUUUUUCUUACUGUCUUUUAAUCUAAUUUGUUGUUGCCUUCCCAGCCUUUGUGUGGGACCCAUACUCUUGCUUGUUCUUUUCCUGAGAGGAGACUAUUUUGCGUUUAUGAAUUUGCACAUUGGCCCUUUACUGUACAUAACAAUUAUUAAGUCACCUGGAGGGACUUGUAUUGUAUCCACAGAGUGACCAGUCCUAUACACAACUGAAGUACUUUUAGAGGGCAGUAUUUCAGUACAUGUAAGAUGUGUUUGUCUAACAGGAAUAGUCCUAUUUUGAAUUCUAAUAGACUGGUGUUUAUUUGCCAUGUGUGGUCGAUACAAUGAGUGUGUGAAGGUGGGAUUUGGCAGGUUCUAGGCCCCGUGUCAUGGAUGCGACUGUGUGGUUGUUGGUGGUGGGGGGAGCACUGUAAUAUACUGCUAAAAGGGGAGGUCAGAGUCUCUGGUGAUCUCGGUACAGUCCGAUACAGAUCUCCAAACGCCAUGUCUCUGGAUCCUUAAACCACCUGCAGAGACGAAGAGCCAUAUCUGUCUUCUGUGUUUUUCACCAAAUCCACACCGCACUCAAUCACCCGCCCUCCCCCACCGCUCACACAUACACACACACACACACACACACACAAACACACACACAGACACACACACACAGACACAAACACACACACACACACACACACACACACACACACACACACACCUAUCCAUGUGCCUGCCCGCGCUAUACACCGGUGAUUGAUUGCAUGCGUGAAGCGAUUGUUGAGUCAGAAAUAUUUGUUUGCGGGCCGGGAUUAGGACAAUCCUUAAUACGUCGCUCUGCAGAAGGAAGAACCCAAGUGGCACCUGUAGAUACUGUUUAAUAUGUUCUUUUUUAAUUUUCUACUGGCAGACAGCUGUGGUUUAUAAAUGGCUUAUUUAUGUACAAAAGGUAUCCUGUACAUACCCUGCCAUCAAUUGAAAUAAAAUCUUUUGCAGUAAAAAAAAAAACGGCU